GGCUUUGAUUCUUUCGGAAGUGUGUCCCCAGUUGUUUCCCCAGAAUAGUUCCACCCGUCGUAGCUGUAUAGUGUGAGUUUGCUGAAGAGGAUCGAGUUCAAUCUAGCUUCUAAGCAUGAAAACAAUCGCUGGCUAUUUUAUGCUGAUGCAGAUGUGCCUUUUGGGCGCAUUUAGUGCCGCUGAAGGAGUGCUUACUACCGAGUCCUGUGUCUCAUUCGAUCAUAAAUUCACACUAAAGGUGGAAGAGUUCAUGGGCAGAUGGUACGAGGUACGCCGGUUAUACGAUCCGCUCGAUCCAGAACAGGAGGACUGUGUUGUGAUGAACUAUGAGAUGCUCGAGAAUGGAACCUUUGAAAUACAGAAAUCCUUCCAAAUUACCGAAAAUGGUCACCCGAGCUACGUCAACGGUACGGCACAACUAAAGGUGAUCGACGGUUCAGACAUACCACAAUUCUACGAGCGAUUGAAAUCGACAAAUACGACUGCUGAAGGCAUGUUAUUUAAUAUUGUGACGACCGAUUACAACAUGUAUGCAGUUCUCUAUUCUUGUACUCCGAUCAACUCAACGCACAAUCGCGAGAUAUUAAGGGUGCUGUCACGUUUACCGGCAAUGGAAACGACGAAAGAGCAGUUGCUGAAUUUAUGGUUGGCAGGCAAUAUAAAGCGGUCAGAAAAUGAAUGGCGAGCCACGGCACAGUCACCCAAGUUCUGCAAACCGUCGGAUCUGAUCGAGCCAGCAAUGCGGAGCAUAACCAAGGACGAUCCAGCCGAACCAUCAACCGAAAACUUAGCCGAAACAUUAAGCGAAAGUAUCUCAUUUGGUAACGAUACAAACUUGAAUGGCACAACCCACGAGAACUUUAGCGACGACGGCUAUUCCGUAACUUCUAAUAUAUUCUUUUGGAUUGGACUGCUAGCAGGAGUUAUGCUGCUUCUAUUAGCUGUAUGGAUUAUAGUUGCACGUUCAACAUACUAGCCUACAGAUACUAGAAAUACGUCUAAGGUAAUGUUAGUAAUUGCAUUUCUGAGCCAUUCAAUAGGCACAGGAAUAAAGUAGUCAAACAUUUCUGACCUUGCGUUUAUUAUGAUAAAAUGGAAGCAAAUUUAUACGAUCUGCAAUGAUCAGACUUUUUUUUUCUUAGUCCAUCACAUACGAAAUAUCCACCUCUAGUCAUUAUUACAAACACACCUUAGUUAGCGAAUAGAUGCAUAAGAAAGGCAAGCCGAUCUUAACAAAUGAUGCGUUGAGGGACACUUUGUUGCAUUUUAGAGAGUGUACGCAGAGAGAGAACGUACGCACUGUCCGCUUUGUAUUCAUCCGCUGCAUUACCACCGAUAACCGAUAAAACUCGAUCGCGGAGGGCAUUUUACAAUGUAUGAAUUGCAGGAUGCUGUCAGGAUGGAUUGGUGAAAUCGCGCGACAAACAAGUGGCUUGUGUAUAUCACAAAUUUUGUGCUUGUGUAAAUAGCUAAACACAGCCGCUGAUUAAACUAUGCAAGACAACCCACUAACACACUAACGAAUCCAAUAAACGACAAGACAGACGCGCGAUGAUUAAACGGUCAUCAGUAGAAUU